GUUGUCACUGACCGAAGCACGCAGAGAGGUGGAGGUUCGGGGAAGCAGGCAGGAGGAGGGCUAAGGCAGAACUAUCUAUAACAGCAGUGGUCGCGGGAGUGGAGCCCGGUUUGUGUGGGUUUCUAUUUGCUGCGUCGCUGCCUGCAUUCUUCUGCUGAGGUUUUAGCAAAGAUGGGUGAUGAAGGAGCGACACUGUUCGGUGCUUUCAAGAGUGGGAACGUUCUUCCAGCUGGAGUUGGACAACAGGAAGUAUGGAUCAUGGCUGCCGUUUCGCUGGUUGUUGUCACUGCGUCGAUGUGGCUAUGGCUUCUCAGUCUUCGUCGUCGACCACCGGGACCCAUGAUAUGGCCUUGGCUGGGAAGCAUGCUGGAGAUUGCACCGCAGUUCGACACUAUGAAUGACUGGUACCUUAACUAUUUUAGUGCCGACGUGAAGACCUUCAGCUUCGGAAUGCCAGGCUUCCCGAGUUGCACGAAGUUUGUGGCGACUGUUGAUCCCGUCAUUGUGGAGCACAUCCUCACCAACGUCUACAAGUAUGGUAAGGGCGACCAAUUAAGAGAUCGACUCGGGGAUUUCCUUGGGAGAGGUAUAUUUUUGGCGGAUGGAGAAGAUUGGCGACGUCACCGCAAGAUUGCAUCCACAGAAUUCUCGACACGCAAGCUUCGAGGUCAUAGUGCCUCAGUGUUCCGAGGAGAGGGCGUUAAGCUGGCCAACUGCCUAAAAGUCGCCAUGGCUGCCGACCAGCCAGUCGAAAUCCAGGAUUUGUUCUUGCGAAUGACGUUGGACAGCAUUUGCAAAGUUGCUUUCGGAGUUGAAAUUGGCAGCCUUUCGCCCGAUCUACCCGACGUACAGUUCGCAAAAGACUUCGACAAUGCUCAAGCUCACAUCAGUAAGCGCGUUGUGCGCCCUAUGUUUAAGAUACUCAGAGCCCUAGACAUAGGAGAGGAGCACCACUUCCGUAUUGCUACUAACAGCGUGCAUUCGUUCGCAAUGGACGUGAUCGCCAAACGGCGUAAGGAGAUUGCUGCUGCUCACGACGCAGGCGAAGAAUAUCACAGGGAUGACUUACUGUCCAAGUUCAUGGCGAAUCUCACUCAAGACGAGAACAGCUACGACGACAAAGAAUUACGAGACGUUAUUAUUAGUUUCAUGCUUGCCGGGAGGGACACGACUGCGGUUACUCUUUCGUGGUUCACGUAUGAGAUGUGCUGUCACCCGGAGAUAGCUGAUAAGAUCUACGAGGAAGGGGUCGCAGUGAUUGGUAAACACACAGUCGUCGAGAGUGCGGUGGAACACUUGACGCACGAAGCCUUGGGCCAAAUGCACUACCUCCAUGCUGCCCUAUCUGAGAGUCUUCGGUUACAUCCAGCAGUGCCAAGGGAUGGAAAAUGUGUGUUGGAGGAGGAUGUGCUCCCCAAUGGAAUAAAAGUGAAGAAAGGAGAUUUCGUGCAAUAUGUACCUUAUUCCAUGGGACGGAUGCCUUUCUUAUGGGGUCCUGAUGCUCUGGAGUUCAAACCUGAGAGAUGGCUUAAGGACGGUGUCUAUCAAAGCGUUUCCCCGUACAUUCAUAGCGCCUUCCAGGCGGGACCUCGUAUUUGCCUAGGCAAAGAUUCUGCAUACUUGCAGUUGAAGGUAACAGCGGCACUCAUCACGCACUUCUUCAAGUUCCAUUUGGUACCUGGACAAGAAAUAGCCUACACCACCACUCUAGUCAUGCCAAUAAAGAAGGGACUGAAAGUCACCCUCUCCCCUCGGCAGUAGCAAGUAGCACUGAUAACAACACCCACAAUACAUAUCCCCGCAAAAAGCAAGUAGUUUUGGUUUUAAAUUAUGAUUCGAAAUCAUAAUUUUUAUUAUACUUGUUAGUUUAAUACCAAAAUUAAAUGUGUUCUUAUCCAUGUGUAAUAUAUGGCUGUGUAUUAUUUCAA